CUUGAACAAGAACUUUUGUUUAUUUACAUGCAACUAAUAAUAAAUAAAUAAAUAUGCAACAAAAACGGCACACAGCGACCAGUAGCCGGCGGCGUCACUUGACAACGGCCACAUCGAUCAAGCAGGCGGAUUUAAAUUUGAUUUUGAAGACGCAGCACAAGUAAAAAACUGCAACACAAAAUGGACAACGACAACAAGGAUGACGACGAUGUGGAGACCGAGAAUGCGAACACUGAAUACGAAUCUGAUGUCGAUGGCGAGGACGAAGAUGAAUCUGAAAUGGAGGAAGCCGAGGUGGGGGAAGUGGAUAGCUGGGAGACGUUUCAAGCGCACAUCGAUGCGCUGGUCGUGAACGAGAAAUGCGACAAAACCGUGUGCCAAAUGGACGACCGACGCCAGCGCAUUAUGCAACGGAUGCGGCAAGUGCAACGCGAAACCCCAAAAGGAUUCGUCGAGCGUUCGAUGGCCCAGAUGAGCAAGAUCGAUCAGCAGCUGGAGUUGUCGAGCACCCGACUUGGGCAGCUGGUACGCUUCGGUAACGAGCUGGUGACCAACAUACGUGUGGCGAACGAACGACGCGAACUCAAUCGUCGCCUUUUCGAGGCAUCGCAAGAGAAGGAGAUGAAAAAGAACCUUGAAUGGGAGAACAUUGAGGCAUUGGCCAAUUUCGCGGACAUCAAGUCGCGCUGGACCGAACUGAAUGAGAUCAACGAACCGAUGAUGCUGUGGGAUCAAAUCGAGGAGCAAAAGAAACGCAUUGCCGAGAUAAUGGAGCGAAAAGAUAAAAUGAUUGCAGCGUGUCAACAGGAAAUUGAACGCAUGAAUACACGCUACGAACUGGAUCGUCAGCGUCAGGCGGCCGAUCUCUGCUGCCUGGUGGAGCGUGUCGACAAUCAGGUGGAGACACUGAAGGAGUCGUACAAACAGCAUCUGGAAAUGUUGCGCAACACCGUCGAAGACGAGCGUCAAACGUUCUCACACACAGCGGCGACCAAAUGGCGCAGCUUCUUCGAUGCGCUGAACACAAACUUCGAGGAGAAAUCGAAGUUGGUGCGUGUGCGCGAACAAUUCUAUUCACUGCAAACCCAACUGUUGCAGGACUCUCAGGACGAGCUGACCAAACAGACGCGUGUACGGCUGGAGAAGGAAUGCGAACGCUUGGAGCUCGAGUUGCGACGCACACGCGACAAUGUGCUGAUGAAUUCCGAGAAGCUCGACUACAACUAUCAGGUGCUGCAGCGGCGCAACGAUGAGAACACGAUCAUCACCAAUCAGCAGAAGCGUCGAGUGGCACGUCUCUACGAGACGGUGGCACGCACUCGUCGCAACUUCAAGCAUGUCUUUCACAGCGGACGUCGCACCAUCCAGAAGCUGACGAAUGAGAUUCAACAGCUGCACGGAAGCAUCAGCGAGAUGGAAGCCAAAGCCUUGCAUACGCGCAACAUUAAUCGCGAGAAAUUCAAUCGGGUGUGGAACAUCAACUAUGAGGAGAUUAGCGAGCUGCUUGGACGUAUCUUUGAGAUCGAUCGCGUGCUCCACGAACAGCAGCUGGUGAUGCCGUGGCAACAGCCGAACAUACGCAUCGAGAACAUCAAUAAGCCGCCGGUGCGUCGUCCCGACAAUCCCAUGGAUCGCAUUGAGCGUCGCUUUGGCAAGCUCCCGAAGCACUAUGGUGGCUCCGGUUACAGUGCUGCGACAGAGACGCAAAAGCAACGCGGUGGCAUGCAGGAUUUGCCACCGGAAUCGGCGCGUCUGAUGCGCAACAUUUUGCGCAAACUCGCCGAUCGUGGUGGCUUCUUGAUUGAGGAGCGUUUGCUUAAGAUUCUGCGUCCCUAUACGGAAAAGGAGCAGACAAUGGUGCGUAUUGAUAACAUAUUUGCAGCGUUGCGUAUACGUAAUCUGGAUCAUGUCAUGGAGCUGACGCGUGUCUUUGAGCCCUACACCUAUUGCCCGACAUGUCAGCCAUCUGGCCUGAGUCCCAUGAAAUGUGCCGAGGUCUUUCUCAAGGACCAGAAGACGACGCGUUCGCUGAAAUUGGGCGAUGUCAAUAAUUUGGACCAGGCGGUGUUGCGUGGCAAUCAGAAGGACGCCAAGUUUCCACGCAAGCUUGGCACCGGCGGCGCCGCUAUUGGUGCUCUCAAGGACACAUGUCCCAAUCAUUAUUUGGUAAUGGAACCGGCGCUAGUGUUGCAUGCCAUGAAUUUGUAUACGAAUCAGAAGCAUAAACAAAAAUACGGCAGCUCAUCGGAGUCGAGUUUGGAAACGGAAUUGAUACGUUUCAAUGACAAGGAGAUUCAGUCAUUUUGGCGACAAUUCACCAACAUUUUCACGCCCUCGAAGAAGCAUCUGUGGAAGACCCUGGAGCAUGGCAUGAAUCAUUAUGUUGAAGUCCUUAAGAUGCGUGUGCAAUACGAUGCCGAAGUUGUGUUUUUGCGUCGCCAGAACGAAGAGUUGCGGCAUCUGCUGCAAAAGUUUAAAGUCUAAACUGUACUUUGUGUUUUUGUCAAAUUUUCAAUUGUAUGCACAACACAAAGAAUCGAAACAAUUAAAUUAUUCAUUUGCAUUGCAAA